ACUAGAGUUGAAGAUAAAUCUGCCGCAUUAUCAACAUUAACCAAAGGGAAGACACGAUUUGAUAUCGUCAUUGCAUAUUCAAACAUACUCGACACGAACAUCUCCCAACUUCUGCAUGAAGCCGUUGAAAUGGACCUCAUCGUGAUUUGUGAUUUAACGACUAUGAGAGCUCUCGAGCAAGGAGCCACUCUUUGUGUCCAAAAGCCUUUCACGAUACAGCUCAUGGACCACCUUUGGCAGCACGUGCUUCGUGAGAAAUCCUCGAGACGUGAACUGAAAAAGAAAAAUCAAGAAACAAAUAUAGCACAACACAAAAUGAGUUCGGAAAAUCAGCAGCCGUCCGAUUUUGUAGUCUCGAAAAGGAAGCAAUGGACCGAAUGGACAGACAAACUUCACGGAAAAUUCGUGCAAGCUGUCACUCAACUCGGGCCAGGGAAAUGCUUUCCGAAAGAAAUUCACGAGAUGAUGAAAGUGCCGGGCCUCACAAGAAUGCAGGUCGUGAGUCAUCUUCAGAUUUGCCGCAAUGGAAAAUGGCGGCGAAAAUCAAGGGAGGGUAGAGUGCAGCAAUAUAAUGCCGAACCAAACGAGAAAAAACCGAGGUUCGGGCACAUGCCUCGUUUAUCCACCGAGCUCGAGUUCAAGCAAGGAACUAAUGAAGAAGCUCAAAUGGCCGAUCAAAAACAUCAAGAAUCAAAUGGGAUAGAGUUUGCGCCGAUUGUCUAUGAGGUUCCGUCUAACCCAAGAGACGACGUUAUUGAUAAGGACCAUUUUGAAGAUUUUGCUGACUUGGAGGAAAUUAUCAAAUACUUCACUGAUUUA